CAUCCAUGAUUCAUUUAAAAAGGGUGGAUGGACGAAUUACAUUAAAAAUGUUUCAUUUAAACUGCUUUGAUUCAAAAUGACCCUUCAGCUGAGCUCUCCUCCAUGACAUCAUGAUUAGAACUCUGAACUGCUGUUCUAAACUGCUGUUCCGACUUUGACUGCUGUUGGUGUGUUUAGGAGUGAACGGAUUCAGAGCUACUUUUGUGUCUUUCAGCGUUUUUUGACGACUACUUUUGAAUUCAGUUACAGAAUUGACUGUUCAAAAUGUCACUGUUUAGAAGGGGAUUUUGGCCGCUGUCUGCAGGUUUUACACCUAUCUGGGGCAGAAGGCUGAGCCCUCAGAAAGCAGAGAUAAGUGCAGAGGCAGGAGAAAGCAAGGCCAAGUCAACAAAGAAACACCGCAAGGUGAAGUCCCAUCAUGGACAGAGACCGAGGAAAGAGGAGAAGGGUUUGAAAGUCAAGGCUGAAGAUAAAAACAUACAGAUCCUCGAGAGAGAAGGAGGAAAAGGAGAACCUGAAGGACAGAGGAGAAACCUGAAAAACAACAAGACUCUUCCUCUUCCCAUAGAGGUCAAACCUCUGCCAGCUUCAGCCUGUUUCUCCUCGUUACCUCCAGUUGGAGAUCAACCUGAACAUUCAGAUGUCCUCGCUCUCCCAGCUGCUUGCCUCAAACCUCUGCUGAUAAACAAAGAGUCACUUCCUCAUCUUGUUGAGGUCAAACCUCUGCCAGCUUCAGCCUGUUUCUCCUCCUUAGCACCUGUUGGAGAUUUACCUGAACAUCCUGAAGUUCUCGUUCUCCCAGCCUCUCGCCUCAAAGCCUCAAGUCCUCAAACGCCUGCUGAGGAAGCUGAGCACCUGCUGCCAAGCUCAGUCAUCCAAGUGGCUCCAUGUGUCUCUCCAGAACCAGUCCUCCUUCCCCUCCAGAGCUCUUCUGAGGUGGCUUCUCUGCACUCGAUUCCUUCAGUCAGUGAACUGUCCUUCCUCCAGAGUCCUCCUGAAACACUGCCGAUUCCUCCGAUCUUUGCAUUUGAGGAGGUUGUGUCUCUUGUGAAGCCUCAAGCAUCUGAGUUUUCUCCCUGCUCAGGCCUCAUGCUCUUUGACUUUGAGGAUGAGGAGCUUGAAUUCAUGGAGUACACGGAGGAAAGCAUAGAAGCUUCCCAUGAGUCUGAAAUGAAACCGAGGCGGAUGGAGGCCUGGUUGGAGCAGGAGGAAGUUACGGAGGUCCAGAAACAUGAAGAAAAGGGAGCCUCGCAGGUCAUACAAAACCCACUUAAUGAGGUGUCUGGUGAUGAGGCGUACACUGAAAUCAAGACGAAGAAGCCAAAGAUUUACAACCCACUGGUUCUGUUCAGCUUGAUGGAGGAGAAGGUGAAGAAAAAGCAGGAAAAGAAACAGCGGAAGGAGGAGGAGCAAAUUGAAAGGAAUCUCCUGCUGAAACGCUACAGAAAUGAUCCCAAACUCAAACACUUGAGGAUCAAUAAGCACAAUCCCAACUUCUGCUGGUCCUGAAGCGGAUCACCGUUCCUCCCUGACACCUCCUUACACCUUUACCCUACUGCACAUUCCUGCCUGUAAAUAAAAAUGUGCAUAGCAAAGCUGAAUGUUUCAUGACUCUUUCUUAUUAUUGCAAGUUUUAUUUCUAAUGCACUAGAUAUCAGCAUAUGAGACUAAUAAUUGAAUAAAUAUUUUUUAUGGGACGCUUUACAAUGU